AUGUUAAGAAAUUUAGAUGAGAAUGGAUAUUUUACAAUAUUUGAAGAGAGAUUAAAGUAUGAAGUAAGUAUUGAAAUUAUUUUUAGGUUUUUUUUGAAAUGUUGAUUGAUGAUAUGAAUAUGAUUAGAUUUAAGUUUAUUAUUAUUUAAUCAUCUCAUAUUUGA